AUGAAAAUUGGGGCGUUGGUGUUUUUGCCGAUGGCGCUAGCCUACAAAGUCCUCAUCUACUCGCCAACGAUCGGUACCAGUCACUGCAAGUUCAUGGGAGCCAUAGCCAACUCUUUGACAGACGCCGGCCAUCACGUGGUCGGCUUCUUCUGUACUCUUAUUUUACUUUUUUUUAAACUUAAAAAAUGGUCUUUUUAUAGACCAUUCACGGCUAGCUUGAGACGCAAAAAAGGCUUUGCCUGUCUGCACUCUCCACCAACCAGGGCACUGUCUCGUCUCUUUUCGUGGCAGGACCCUUUUCUAGAUGGCUCAACCCAGCCGUGUAUCAGCUAUACAAACGAACUCACUUUAUUAAUAUUCCUCUCCAAGCAGAUUUGAAGUUAAUUCACACGAUUCAAAUAAAUAGAGUUUGUAAAUAUAGUUCAAGAGCUGAAAAUAAGAAUUUGCGUUUGCACGUGAUUUCUCCGCCUGAAGGACAUUUUGGGUGCGAAUUUUGUUUUUGCGUCUGUUAAUAUCGUGAAAAUAAAGGAACAAGACUCAGACUAUCUUGUCCCCUCUAGUCGAUCCCGACCUUCAUGCCUCCAGUUUUUCCAAGGAUGCCGAGAUCAUCGAAACUCAUCCGGUUAGCUCCACUUUCCGUUUUGAGAAAAUUUAUGAAAGUUUAUGAACACAGUUGUGCUUUUAAAGGUAAAAUGAACAUAUUGUAUUUCCUGAUUCUUGAUCUGUAGAACUACUUUACGAAAACAAUGUCUUAUUCAAAGACUUGUUGAAUUAAAAUUUAAUCCCCAUAAUAAGGAAAUUCAGCCGCUAUUUUCUGGUGAAGGGAUCAAAUCACUGCUUCUCAACAUGUGGACGCUUCACACAGACGUUUGGUCAACAAAAAAAGUUUUGAAUUUUCUGACGGUCGUUUAUGGGAUUUUUUCAGUUGAUAUCUUCAUUUUCCGAUGUCACUGCGAAGCUUUGCAGAGGUUUUUCAUAGCUUGGAAGCAUCAAUAUGGUUUAUAUUGCAGAAGGUUUGAUCGAGAAGGAUGGAAUUAGAAAGCUGAAACUAUCAAAGUUUGACGUGGCAAUAACGGAAGUCGUGACGGUCUGCUCUCUGGGUAAGGGGAGAUAGGCUUUGACAAGCUUUUUUGGUUAGGUUUGUUUGAGCAUUUGAAGAUCCCCGUUACCGUCUUGGCUUCUUCCCAAACAGUCUACGACGCCGCAAACUCUGCCAUAGGAGAAUCUAUUCCCUACAGCUCUUCGCCUGGUUCUUUUUUUGUUUUUAACUCGAAAGGUUUUAAAAAUAAUUGUUCUACUAGAAAACAACAGUUGAAAAAGUUUGAACCAUUCGCGUAACUUUCAGUCAAGAUGUUCGAUGAUGAAAAUGACACUCUUUCCAGGCUUGUACCAUGUGAACGGAGAGAAAAUGACUCUGUUUGAGCGUCUGGACAGUUUGAUCAGAGGCGUACUGCAUCCAAGAGAGCACGAGAGAACUCACGACCGCGAGACGGAGUCCUGUCGCAAGUGGCUCCGAUCAAACGUCUCCCACUGGAAGGUCAAUCCAGCUGCAACUUUUUUCCUCAGUUUUAUUUUUAGAAACUCGUUGCAGAGGCGGCUUUCUUCCUGACCAACUCUAAUCCGAUUCUCGACUUUCCCCGCCCAGUUCUUCACAAAUCUAUUGCAGUUGGAGGCCUCACUGUUGAUUUCGAAAAAAUUGAACGGAUCAAGUUAUCAGAGGUUUUUUACAGUGUUAAGAAAAAGUAAAAGCGUUGUUGAAGGAAUGGAUUAAAGUGCUGAAAGAGCGUUCAAAAACAGUUCUUGUCUCAUUCGGCUCAAUGGCUCGGUCAGACCUCAUGCCUCUGAGUUAUCGGUGAGAGCUAUUCAAAGCCAAAACAAAGCCAAAACCAGCUUUCUGCAGAACUUGUCUUUUGCACGCCUUUUCAUCGAUGCCUGACGUCACUUUCAUUUGGAAAUAUGAGCAACAAAACGUUUCAUGGGCUGGAAACGUCGAGAAUAUCCAUUUUUCUUCUUGGAUCCCACAAACUGCUCUGUUAGGUUUGCUAGAGAACAGAUGGAUGUGGAAGGAAUUGUCGCGAUUUCCAGCUGACUCCCGUCUGACGGCGUUCUUGACGCACGGCGGUCUUGGCAGCAUCACAGAGGUGGCUCAUUUGGGAAAGCCGGCCGUUGUGGUUCGUUAAACUUCUAAAAAAACAGUUCCUGUAUGACAUAUUUUUAAAGUGAAUUAUUCAACUUUUGGCAUUUCCUAGGUUCCUUUGGCUUUCGACCAAACAAGGAACGCCAGAAUGCUAGAGAGACACGGAUCGGCUCUCGUUCUUCCAAAAACAAUGCUUUCUGACCAAGAAACGCUACGCCGUUCCCUUCAUCGGAUCGUUUCCGACCCAAUGUUCGUGCUUUUUUGCCCCCUCGAGCUCUUUGUGUCUUACAGAGUGUGUAUCAAACGUGACUGAAUUUUUUUUUUUUUUUUGAUAGCCUACAAUUGACAUUAGUGGAAGAAUCCUCAUAUAAUUGGGAGUUUCAAAGUUCACACUCGAAACUCAGGUACAAGGCGAAAUCUGCGCGACUUGCCCAGCUUCUAAGAAACCAGCCGCUGAGGCCCUCAGAUCUUGUCGUCAAAUACGUCGAGUAUGCGGCUCGGUCGGUUAUCUUGCCUUCGAGAAAAGUCCAAAAUCUUUGUUCAGUUUCGGAAAACUGCCGCAGUUGGAUCCGUAUUCGCGCAACCUUUCUUUUGUUGAGUAUUAUUUUAUAGAUGUUAUAACCAUCACAAUAGUUUUUCUCAUUAUAACUACACUUGGAUUAUUAUCAGUGUGUCGACGUUUGAUUUUCCUUUCUUCUCAAACUUUGAGGAAAGUAAAACUGAACUAACUCCGUUUUCUCUGGCCGUUUUUGAGAAAUCUUACUGUCAUUAUAUGACAUCAACGUUGCUUUUGAAACGCAAUCGCUAUUUUCUAAGACUCUUAAUCACUUUGGCAGAGUAAAACUUGCAAUAAUUUUUUUUCGUCUGAUUAUGUCUAAAUAAAAAGUGAACUCGUCGAUUUUUUCCAUCGCAUCGUGAGUAGUUUCGAAUUUUAUGAAACCGGUAAGUGACGUUCAAUCGCACUAUCAUACAAGUGGACGCCGUUCAUUUUUCGGUUAUCAAUACGUCAGGCGUUUUUUUUUCAUGACGAUUGCACCUUUUUCAAGGACAACGAAACAAGGUGACUGUCGACUUUCAAUCUUUGUUAAGGUGUUCCGACUCGGAACAGCGACUGAUAAAACUUUUUUUUUUAGUAAGGUAUGACUUCCUGCUGAACACAUACGAAGACCUAUUGAUGAGGAUAUAAUCUAUACGUCGAUUGUAAGUUUGAUGAUCUCGGGAAUAUACCGUAGUUUUGCUCCCAAGUGUGCCUUCCACAAACAUGAGGCUUCGUCUUAAUUAUUUUCCUGUUUUUUUAAGCGGAUUCAAAAAGGUGAAAAAAAUUCUCGAAAUUCACUUGAAACUCGGAGAAAUAAGGGAGAAUCCGCUCAAAAUGACCUAUAAUAAAUAUAUUGUACGUAGUACGAGUACCACGGCGUCCUUUUGACGAAGCCCCGACCCCGCAUGUUCAAGGCGGCCGGUCGUAUUACGGUAGUCAAGCAAGGUUUUUCAGUAAUAAAAUUAAAACUUGUGCACUUUUUGUGUCGUCACUUAUCUCGUAACCUUGAGAAAUAAGUCCUUCAAAAAUUGCGAAAAAGAAAAAAGUUUAAAAAAUGUCCUGGCUCUCAAACUGAUGGCGCAGUAUUGACCGGCCGCCGUAACACUGUCUUAAACAUGAGUGUCACCACAGUUUUGUAAUUUGUGGCGUCUUUGGUGCAUACCCAGAACGGAACUAACUCGCACUUUCGUUAAAAAAUAUUUGUUCACAUACAUACUGGGAAAAGCAGAAUUGGAUCCAAUAGGGAGAGAAAAAAACCCUUACGGGUAUACUGAAGGUCCUCCUAUAAGGAGUCUUUGAAGUUUCAACCCUUAGGAGGUCCUAAUACACUCCCUAAAAGGCCCUCUGAAUCUCAAACUUCCUUUAGGACCCACUACAGCUUUUCCCAGCAUGAAAUGGAAAAUACACGCAAAUGCGAAAAUAAAUGUUCAGGAGAACGUUUGUCAAAGCAAAGAGUCCAUUCCGAAUUUUUCUCGAAAUGAGCUUAACUUUGAUAUUUUGAUGAACUUUGAUAAAUGUCCUGUUGAAUGCCUGUCUUUCAACAAAAAAGGUUUGAUAAGGUCCUCCUCAUCACUAGAAGAAAACCUGACAUGAGGAAAAUAGUAGAAAUAGUUUUCUGCAAGUUCUGAUGUGAAUAUUUCAAAAUCUCACAAAAAGCCUCACAAAAAUGUGAAAAUCGUCAUAGGCGAAUCGAGAAAGGGUAUCGCGAGACCCUCUGAGGUAUAUCGCAGGGUCUGAAGUCUCACUAUGGUACCUCGAGUAUACCUCUGAGGAUUUUGAGCAAAAUGAGAUAGACUUGUGGGAGACUCUGAAGCACCUCCGAAAUGGCUCAGAUAUAGCUGAAAGGUAUGCCGGAGGUCUCACGAUGGACACAUUAUGGGGUCUUCACGAUCCAUUUUGAGACGUAUCUUUGUGGACACAUUAUGGUACCUUCUCGCCUCAUGACGUUAUGAGCCGGCAAAAACGCAUUCGAACCAUGGUCACAAAAUUUUAUUUUUAAUUUCGAGAACUCUUACCUAGGCCUACCCACCCACAUAGUCCCGAUUCUCAACUCUUUCCCGAAUGGAGAUAGUGCCCUAGUCAGUAAAAGUAAAAGUAAAAUAUAUUCUUCCUUUUUACGGUCCUGAAGCCACCGGUGACGUAGAGCACAGAACUUUUCAGCAUUGGUCGGAUCUUCUCGGAAAACGCGAGGAAGUAAGCUUCUCGUCGACGAGUACUCUCUUUUUCGCGAUGCUUGAAGCCCCACUCUUCCAUCGAGCCGCCAGACUUUCUGAGAACAAAAUUGAUGACCAGUUCAGAAAUCUAAUAACCAAUUUCAAAUUUUAAAAAUGGUUUUUUUUUACAAACAAACAAACUUUCUAAUUUAUUAAUAUUCCUUUUAAAGCAGAUUAAACGCUUCAGACAGACUUUAAUCAGGCAUGCUACCGCUUGCUUCUCAUUUUUUUUUUCCGGAUGACAGGCCGAACAGUCGGAUCAAGAAAUAGUCAAACUCGGGCCUUAUCACCGUAAAAGUUGUUCCAAGGGUGACCCUGAAAGACGGCGUGACCAGCAGGGGAGGCGUCAAAACACGUAGUCAGUUACUGUUUUUUACUCGCUUUUUUCUGCCCUUUAAAUUGCCUGAAAAUUCGAGUAACAGACAGAAAUGAACGGAUCCGCGAAGCUCAUCGCCAAAAGCGCCACCAACUUCUCAAGCCGCCGACUUCUCCGGACAGUCAUGAAAACCAACAACUCCGUGGUUAAGCCAUCCCCAACCUCUGAAAUGGUAAGCCCCUUCUCCUAUCAGAGUUUUAAUCAAGUUCAUUUCAGGCCAGUGUUUCCAGUUCAUAUGAAAUGAUGAUAAACCCGCCUAAAGAGUUCUGGAACGAAUUCUGGGAAACUGUAAGCUUCAAAUAUCUGACAGCUGUGCAAAUUUUGUUUUGUCAGACAUCAUCCAAUGAAAACUACUGUUUCCAACAGAACGACGACAGCAAAUUCGAAAACUUUGAAGAAUACUACUUUGUCGCCCUUGUUGAUUCAGGUACUUCAAAAAAACGGUCAUUUUCAAGAUGGUAAUAAAUCUCAAGUGUUCGAAAGUUCAAAUCGCGUCAGUUUUCGAAAAAAAAAAAAUGAGCCUGAACUCAAAAAUUCUGCCCAAAAAUUCUGGAGGUCGUUUCUCUUGACUUUUAGAGUCAAGUAACCCUCUAAAAAUGGAUUUUUGAAUGUGCUUCUCUCUGCAUUUCAUUGGCAGUUCGCUUUUCAGAUACGAACCUUGAAAAUUAUUUUUGUGGGGAGAAAACUCUCAUCACCUUAGUUUUUUAGAAAAAAAGAAGCUGGUCAACACAUGUGCACUGGCGAAAUGCGGCUCCGAGAGUCGCAAGAGCCGCUUUUUGCGUUGGGGUGGGUUUGGACUCGACCCGAGUACCGCGGACUCGGACUCGUCAACAAGACCUUUGAGACGUGCCGCCAGCUUUCCCAAGGACACAACCUUUUCUUGCUCGGAGGUACAUUCUUUUUCAUCCCAUUCUCGAAUAUUUCGUGUUCUGAAUAUUUUCGAAAGUAUUUUUCCUCCUACGAUUUUGGUUCCAAGAAUCACUCUGAAAAAGACAAAAAGUCGUUCUGACCUUUAGAUGUUUCGCGGUUCUCGAACGUGACAUGAACGUCACUAAAAAAAGGUUGACGUAUUGAUAAAGGAAAAUGAUGAACGACAUGACCCCAAAAGUCUGUUCAAAGUGUUACAACUAAAGUGAAGUUGAGGGAAAAUCAAGGAAACAUCAUUUUUGGAGAAGAAAAAUAAGUAAAAUUUCAGUGCCGGAUAUGAGCCAGUGGUAUGCAAAAAGAGGAGUGAACAAAUUUGGCGAGGGAAAAAAUCUGGUUUUCUCGAUGCCCGUUUCAAAUCUGGCGCUGAGCUUUCUACCUCAACAAGCUUACUUUUACAAGGUAACUCGCACACUUCUAAUGACAGAACCAAUAAACGUUUACAGAAGAUAAGUACCGAAGUACUGGAGGACAUCCGUACUUACGACGAGAAAGUCACUCCCGUUGAUAGGUGGGACUUCGUCAAGAGCUGGCUGACGGCCAACGGAUCUCAUUUCAACGUCUAUUUCAGUUUUUUACAUUUCUAUUCAAGCUUUUCAGGCGAUUUACGACGCUUCGAAUAAGAUGGUUGGAUUUUGCAACGUCAGGGAAACGUCCAACAAGACACUGACUGUAGAACCAGUAUAUGCAGACAGCGAGGUAUUUUCAUAAAAUUGAAAGAGUUCCACCUCAAUCGACUUGUUCAGGAAAUGGCAGUACUUUUGCUUCAAAAAACCUUGGCAGAGAUCCCGGACCUCGGAAGUUUCUCAAACCUCGUCUAUGUCGCCCCCGCCAGCAACCAGAGAGCCCAUCUGUCAGUUUUUCCUGACUGGAAAUAGUUGGUGAAUCGUUUUCAGAGUUGCUGAAAGACUGUCGGAGGGGAAGUUUGAGUGCGAGGAAUACAGUAGGCCUCAGUUUGACCAGAAGGUCAUCCCCGUCAACUCGCAACACGUCUUCGGCGUCAUGGAGAACACUUUCAGCAUCUGUUAACCUUUUCAUCAUCUCAUGUGAACGAUACUCGGAGUUUUAAUCCUUCCAAUGGUUCAAAAAUAUUUGCGACUCAGUGUAACUUUCUUCUUUUCACUUGUUCUCAAAUACUCGUUUUCACAAUUUAAAUAACGUAAUUUUGUGUAAUAACAAAUAAAUUAUUUGAAAAAGAACAGUAUGACCUACUGAAACAUCAUUGAAUCUGUAUAAUUGAAAAUUUGUGCAAAGAAGUAAUGAAAUAAAAGGGUGGAAUUUUGAUAAAAUGUGGUACGAAAAAAAAGAAGGCGUGAGCGUUUCGUUCGGAGUAUAAGAAGGCGUCACAAGUUUCCUUUCCCAUCAAAGUCUUCUGAAAAAUGUUCAAGGCUUUUUCUCGUCUGUCUGCUGCUUCCCAGAUUUUGAACUCUACCCGGCUUGCAGUGGGUUCUUCUCAAGUAUUAUUCAUCAAGUCCUUAUAAGAAGCGACUAAUUUCGAAAUGAAUUGAAAAAAAUCUAUAAAAUUAUAUUCAUCUAAUAUAGAAAAUAGCUCUCAAGUAAUAAAAUUCAUGAAUUAUUUUUGAGACAUUUAACUACUCUUUAUGUUUUGAAUCGUUUUUUUGACAAUUUCAAUCAUUCGAGAAAACCUGUUGAAAUAUAUUUUCUGAAUGAGGUGUAAUCUCGUUUGAAAAACCAUUCACGAGCUGAACUUUGUAGGGACAAUGCCAAUGCAGUUUGCCAGUUCUACCAGUUCCCGAACUGGAGGAGACUCUCACUCGUGUACUCGAGUACACGGAACAGUUUUCGAAAAUAAACAAAUAGUAAGCUUCAUUUUUCUAUUAGGUGCCUAAUUGUCGCUCAGUGCGCAUGAGGCCACAAAGAAAGCUGUCGAGGACUUUCGCCAGAACUUCAAGCACCUCCACCAAAACGUUGUCGACAUUGCCAAGUCGAAAGCUAAUUGGGUUCUAUAUUAUUCUCACUCUUCAAAGAAACCGCCCAGAGGACUUUAGAGCAGCAGACCUUGGAUGGACGGAGAGUUCCUGAGAGAACGCAGCUCGUUGCUCAUAUUAACCACGUCUGUCGUGGCCCUCCCUCCGCGCGUCGUCCGUUCACUCGAUGAGCAAGUUGCCCUGGCCACCCUCUUUGCCAGAGGAGCCAUGCUCGUCAGGGAUCAGUGGUGAGACCGGAAAAGAAUAGUCGAGCUGGACGUUUUUGCAGCUUGGAAGAGUCUGAAGCGAUCGCCAGAGGUGUGGGCGCCACGAAGAUGUGCGCAGCGCAGUUCAAGUGGCUCUACGACGGUUAUCGGUAACUCAUUGUUGUCAAGAAAGACGUUUGAACUGGAGCACUCUAGAGAGCCUGGCGUUGACAUUGACCGUAUUUUCAAAAAAAAGUUCAACCGAACGGCUGACGAGCACAUUAUAGUAAUGUUUGAGAAUGAGGUGAUCCUUGACGUAGCAAGUUUUUUUUUACAAUCAUCAUCCCAGCCAUACGUUGUCGACAUCCGGAAAGCUGGACAAGUCGUUUCCGCUGAGGAACUCUUUGCACAGAUGAAAGCUAUCGCAAGCCGACGUUCGGAGCAGACGAUAGUGCCAGUUUCUGUGGCGACCGCUGCGAAACGUGACGUUGCCGCGCAGUUUUGGACGGAUAUGAUGAAAGGUGGGGUUCUACAAGGAGGAGGAUUUUAUCUAAUUAACAUCCAGAUGCGAAGAACGCUCAGUCCCUGGAGAUGAUCAAAAACGCGCAGUUCGUGAUUUGCAUAGAUAGUCCGGACGCGAGGACGCCCUCCAACUCGGCCUCCGACCAGCUGAUCCAGGCCCUCGUCGGAGGCUCGGUCAACCGCUUCAACCGUUGGUACGACCAGUCUCUGCAGGUGGGAGUCGCUUCUUGACUCUCGCCAGAAAAUAUAUUGCAGUUCUUCGUUGGUGCCAACGGGAACACUGGAAUGGCCUUUGAGCACUCCACAGCUGAUGGCACCGCUAUACACGUCGUCGUCGAACGCAUCAUAAACUACAUUGACAAAAACCUGAAGAAAAUUAAGCCUUUGGGAAAAACUAUGGUGAGAAAGAUAUUGCAGACUUUAAAAUGAAACCAACUAAUUUUCCCAGGAAACCAAGGGUUUUCCUUUGAAAUUUAAAGUGCCUCAAAGUUCGGAGACUGUUCUUCGCGAGACGGUCGCAGAAUGCGAAAAGUUUGUUUUUAGCUUAGCUUGCUCGAAAAUCAAUGGUCUGGAAACGAACUUCAGAAUGUGCUCGGGAUUCGAAGCCAACCGGCUAGAGUUUAACGAUUUUGGAAAAAACCACAUAAAGUCCCUGAAAGUCUCUCCUGACAGUUUCUUGCAAGUAGCUCUCCAGCUGACGUUUUUCAGGCAAGUAUUAAGUUUUGUUAUACGGCCAAAUUUGAGAUUCCAGGCUGAAAAAAAGGUUAGCGUGUGCAUAUGAGUCGCUGAGCGUCCAGAACUUUCGCUACGGAAGAACAGAAAAUGGAAGAAGUAUGACCAAAGAACUGACGGCCUUCCUCUCUUCAGUCGACGGAGAUUCAUCAACUGUAAGGGACUUUGAAUUGCACACCACGCAAAAUAUUAAGAGUGAAAAGAGCCAAUUGCUUCGGAAAGCCCUCGUCAGGCAAUCACAAGUCGUGGGACAGGUGUGAGCUUUUUUUUUGUUUCACACUUCAAAUCUGGUUUCAGUGCAAAGCCGGCAAAGGAAUAGACACGCACCUGCACGCUCUGGAAUAUUUUUCUCGUAAGAAUGGAGGCAAAAGACCGAUGUUGUUCGACGAUCCGCUCUACCAAAGUCUCUUCCGUUUCACCCUACUGUCGAGUCAGGUAGACAGAAAGUUCUCUUCGGAAAAGAUAGCGCGCGCGGCUUCAGACGCGUUUCCCGGACGGCUUCAUGGCGGCGUUCGGCGUCGGCGAUCCUCAGGACUACGCCGUCUGUUACGUCAUCGAGCCGCAUCGGAUCGUGGCUCACGUGAGCAGCGACCGUCGCAACGCUCAUCCCUUGGAGCUCUUUGAGCAACAGCUCCAACAGUCCUUCCGAGACCUCAGCUUCUGGCUCUCGCUCAAGUCGGACUGA